AUGAUAAAUGAUACAAGCAUUAUAUGGCAACCAGAUUACUAAUAAGAAAACUAUAGACAAGAAAACUCUAAUUUAGAGAUGAGUUUAAUUACUACAGACAAUUAUAUGCCUGUCCUUCCAAAUGCAAUUAAGGAAGGAAAUGCAAUUUGUUUCUUUUUAUGCUUUUAUUAUAUGAUCAAGCUCUUUUUUACUCUUUCCUAAUAUUUAAAAAUAGAACAACCACUUUUUAACAUAUUAAUUUUAGUUAUGGGAUUACAUGAUGUGAUCAAUAUUCUCCAUUAUCUCAUUAUAGGGUAAAAAUUUAAAUAUUGAUUAGAAUAUUAGCAUAGUAUGUUGUUAGUAUUGAUUUUCACAGUAUUAAUAGAUAAUUCAAUUUACUAUCUUUGAGUUCAUCUAUAACCUAAACCAUUAUUUAAGAAUUCAUCAGCUAUUAUCGUCCUGUAAAUGGUCUUCUCAUUAUAGACAUUAUCGAACAGAAAUCUUUUUAUGUUAAUUGUGCUAUCAUAAAAUUAUUGUACUACUUCGUUUCACUGUACACCUUAAUUAUUAUGUUUUUUAUUACUACUACUACUACUGACACUCCAAUCCUUAUUUAAAUUUAUAUUUUCCUUUUAAUUAGUUAUUGGUUUCUUCCAAUUCUUAUGUGUUUUGUUUGGCCAUUUAUUAUGCUUUGGUUUAUAGUACUGAGAAGAGAACUGAAUUUCUAAUAAAAUAGGAACAUAAUAAUCAAAUUUUAUGAUGAAUUAUAAAAUAUUACAUUUAGAAAAUUGAAGGAACAGCGUCCAUCAAUGUAAUAAAAUGAUUGGUAUUAUUUCUAAUUAAUUUUUUUAGUCCUAUUUGUUACUAAAUUAUCAAUGAAUCACAAAGCGUAAUUUAAUUACCUUGUCAUAAAGAACAUUACUUUCAUGCUGAUUGUUGUAGAUAAUGGCUUGGAAGAGAUCCACGUUGUCCACUAUGUCGAUAUGGAAUGGAGUAAUCUAAAGAAAUAGCACUAUUUGAAUUCAUUUGA